AUCCCAUUGCCGUCCUCGAGAGUCCCUAAAAAUGGCCGCCAUAUCCUCAGCAAUGGCCGCCGGCCAGAACUCCGAUUUCCUCGGCCUCCGCCUCGCGUCCACAAGCUCCGAAGCCCGCAAUGCCAACCGCCGCCGUCUCUCCCUCCAGAUUCGCGCCAGCAAGUCGAGCCCCCGCCUUUCCGGCCGCCCCCUCCGAGUGGCUGUCAUCGGCGGAGGCCCAGCUGGAGGAGCUGCUGCAGAAACCCUCGCGAAGGGAGGCGUGGAAACAGUGCUGAUCGAGCGGAAGCUCGACAACAGCAAGCCAUGCGGAGGCGCGAUCCCCCUUUGCAUGGUGGGGGAAUUCGAUUUACCGCUGGAUAUUAUCGAUCGGAAGGUGACGAAGAUGAAGAUGAUAUCUCCGUCAAACGUCUCCGUCGACAUUGGCCGCACGCUGAAGCCCCAUGAGUACAUUGGGAUGGUUCGCCGUGAAGUGCUGGAUGCCUACCUCCGAGAGCGAGCUGCCGAAGCCGGAGCCACCGUCGUUAAUGGCCUCUUCCUCAAGAUGGACUCCCCGCCGGCAGGCUCCGGUGAGAGUGCCACCACCAGAUACAAGAUCUACUACAACGAGUACAACAGCAAAAAGUCGGCAACAGGGGAGAAGAAGGAGAUGGAAGUCGAUGCGGUGGUCGGAGCUGACGGAGCUAAUUCCCGUGUAGCUAAGGAAAUCGGCGCCGGCGAUUACGAGUACGCCAUCGCCUUCCAGGAGCGAGUCAAAAUCCCCGAAGCCAAGAUGGAAUACUACAAAGACAGGGCAGAAAUGUACGUCGGCGACGAUGUCUCGCCCGAUUUCUACGGCUGGGUCUUCCCCAAAUGCGACCACGUUGCCGUGGGCACCGGCACCGUCACUCACAAAUCAGACAUCAAACGUUUCCAAGCCGCAACCCGUCUCCGCGCUUGCGAUAAGAUUGCCGGCGGCAAGAUCAUCCGCGUUGAAGCACAUCCUAUCCCCGAACACCCCCGCCCUCGCAGGGUUCUCGACCGAGUCGCGCUGGUAGGUGACGCGGCCGGUUACGUGACCAAGUGCUCCGGCGAGGGAAUCUACUUCGCGGCGAAGAGCGGUCGAAUGUGCGCUGAGGCGAUCGUGGAGGGUUCGGCGAAGGGCACCCGGAUGAUCGACGAGGGGGAUCUGCGCAAAUACUUGGAGAAAUUUGAUAAGGCGUAUUGGCCGACCUACAAGGUGCUCGACGUAUUGCAGAAGGUCUUUUACCGGUCUAACUCGGCGCGGGAAGCGUUCGUUGAGAUGUGCGCCGACGACUACGUGCAGAAGAUGACGUUCGAUAGUUACCUUUACAAGCGCGUGGUGCCCGGAAACCCGUUGGAUGAUCUCAAGCUCGCCAUUAAUACUAUCGGGAGCUUGGUUAGGUCUAGCGCGCUGAGGAGGGAGAUGGCUAAGAUUACUGCGUGAGAGGUAUGGUUAGAUUUAUAUAUUCCUGUUGUUUGUGUUCUUUCAGUAUCAAUAACUGUCAUGGGUGCAUGCCCUAAAACCCAUUGUAAGUUGUAGGAAAUGGGUGUUUUAAAAUAACUACAUAAAAUUUAAAUGAUUUCAAAGAUUUGUGUUUUUGGGAUAA